AUGGACCAGAGGAAGAGUAGCAGCAGCAGUAGCCGUGAAAGAGGCUGGAUGACGUCCUCGACCUGCCUUUUGUGGAUUCUGCUGGCGGUCUGCUGGACGGGCGUGACCGCGGAUGUGCAGCAGCAGCAGCAGCGAGUCGAGAGUCUGGGCAGUCCUGUCGAUGGCUGGCUGGAAGUGCCAGAUGGGCUGACGGCAUCCGAUCUUUCCGACCUCUUCUCGCCUUCCUUUUUGUCUUUGCCGCUUUCACACCAGCUCCGUCCACGGAAUGCUCCCGACGAUGACGACGAAGACGACGAUGGCGAGACGUUGCGGCCACGCCCGCGCAGCGACCGUGCCCGCUGCUCCGACGCCUGCCAGAUGGUCGUCGGGGCGGUCGCGUAUGUCGAUGUGGCGCCAGCGAGCAGACGCGUGCAAAAAGCCUGCGGCAGCCGCCUUCUGCAGACGUCGCUGUACCUCUGUCUGCGCGUCUACUGCGCCGGCUACCACGAGGCUGCUGGGAUCGAACGGCUCAAUCGGACCUGUGCCACGGUCGGCGACAGCAGCCGGCAGCCGGAGCAGAACGUGCUGCCACCAUACCAUGACCUCGUUUCCGGCUAUUCGGACGAAGAUGUCGCCCAGCUGCGGCGACUUCAGCCGUCUGACGUCGACUUUCCACCGGCCAACAUCAGCGAGGCCGUCGUGCCCUCUGAAGCGCUGUACCGGAACGGAUACGACACCUUGGAUGACUGGCUCUAUGUCCACAAACACCAUCUCGCCUACAGCACCAUGAUGCUCCUCUUCUGGAUGGUUGUUGUUAUCGUUGGCAUCUCCUGCCGCAUGGCCGCUGUCGUGAAGAGAGCUGCCCGGCGGAUAGUUGCUCGCAGUACCGACUACCAGCCGCUGGCCGGACGUGCUGCCGACGGUCUCGACGCCGACGCUGAUGCCGAUGCCGACGAGGCAGCCCUGGCCAAGAGCUCACCUCUGGCGGUUGCUGGAAGACCGGGCAUCUGGCUGCGGCGCUAUGUGACACUGCCGGCGGCCUUUGGCUACCGCUGCGCACAGGACUUUGGCUGGUACACGGUGCCGCCACGGGUGCAGAGCCUGACGAUUGCCGUCUUUGUGGCCAUCAACGUGCUGUCGUGCGUUCAAGGCUAUCAGACGUUUUCCGGAAACAUGUAUUAUCCUCUCGUCCACGAACAGCUGCUCCGCUACGUCUCAGACCGCACCGGCAUCGUCUCUUAUGCCAACUUCCCGCUCAUCUGGCUCUUUGGCAUGCGCAACAAUGUCCUCCUCUGGCUGACGGGCUGGGACUUUGGCACAUUCAACAACUUUCACCGUUGGGUUGCGCGGGUGGCCACGGUGCAGGCCAUCAUCCAUUCGAUCGGCUACACGCUGCUCAUGUGUCGAAAUGAUGGCCUUGCUGCUUUUGUUGAGUGGUGGGCCAUAUUCUUCUGGUGGACCGGCGGCGUAGCCACCAUCUCCAUGUCGCUCCUCCUCGGCUUCUCGCUCUACUGGAUGCGUCGUCAUGUCUACGAAGCCUUUCUGGUCCUGCACAUUGUCUUGUCCAUCCUCGUGCUUGCCGGCAUGUUGGGCCAUGUGUCCAUCUUCCACGGCCGGUUCGACGGUCUCGUUUGGACCUGCACUGCCGUCUGGCUGGCCGACCGCGUUCUCCGCAGUUUGCGCAUCCUUGCCUUCCACCCGCGCUUCUGGCAUGUCGUCCGGGCCGCGGCCACGUACGACGCCCAGUCCAACUUGGUCCGGCUCGUGGUCCCGUACAGCACCAGCCUGUACCAGCCCCGGCCGGGGACGUUUUAUUAUCUGCAUGUGCUGGACGGCUGGCGCUUCUGGGAGAGCCAUCCAUUCACGGUAGCGUCGGUGGGAGGCGAAGCCGAGCCGGACGCCAAGCCUGGCCCUUCUUCCUCCUUUUCCGCUCUCGACGACAGUUCUGCCACCAUUCGGGUCGCUGGACACACUCCCUACCCGUCUACCAUGACCUUUCUCGUCCGUCCGUACGACGGCUUCACCGCCCGUCUGCGUGACAAGGCCGCCACCGCAUUCAUUCCUGCUUCGCUGCCUGUCCUCGUCGAUGGGCCCUACGGCCAUGCGCCACCCCUGGCCACCUUUGACGCCGUCCUGUUCGUCGUCGGUGGCAGCGGCGUCGUCGUGCCGCUUUCGCAUCUCAGCGGUAUCGGCAGGGCGUCGCGGCUGCGUGCUGUCCACGUCGUCUGGGCCGCUCGCGAGGCCGCCAUGACCGUCGACAUCAUCCGCACCGACUUUGCCGGUCUGCUCGAUGGCAACAGCACCGUUCGGCUAGACGUUCACAUCACGUCGGCAGACAACAGCGGCAGUCUCCCCCUCCCAGACAUCCCAGAUCUCCCCAGACAGGCCCGUCUGCUUGUCGGGCGGCCAGACGUCCGCGGCGAGGUCGAGUGCGCUGUUAAGAAUAUCGCGCCCGGCUGCCGGCUGGCUGUCGUCGCCUGUGGCCCUGCUCGCAUGGCCGAUGACGCUCGCCGCGCCGUCGUCGAUCUGCUCGGAUCACCGACCUGUGGCCAUGUCGAGUACUUUGAAGAGAGUUUCCAGUGGUGA